AUGGUCCCCAUGAAUGUGGCAAUAGGACUGAUGCUUUUAUCACAGAAUGUUGUUGGAAUUCUAGGAAAUUUAUCUGUGCUUUAUUAUCAUUUGGCGCUUUCCUGCAAUGGGUGCACAUUGAGGUCCACAAAUGUCAUUCUCAGGCACCUAAUGAUAGCCAACACCUUGGACAUUCUGGCUACAGGAAUUCCCCAGACAAUGACUGCUUUUGGGUUGAAAUAUUUCCUCAGUGAUUUUUCAUGUAAAGUUAUUUUGUACAUGCAGCGAGUGGGCAGGAGUCUGUCCAUUGCCAUCACCUGUCUCUUGAGCAUCUUCCAGAACAUCACCAUCAGCCCCGUGAAUUCCUGUUGGAAAGAUCUCAAAGAAAAAGUUUCAAAGUACAUUGGCUUCUCCAUUUUCCUCUGCUGGAUCAUGUACAUGACAGUGAAUUCCAUUUUUCCUCUCUAUAUACAUAGCAAAUGGAACAGUGUAAACACAACAGAGAAAAGAGAUUAUGGGUACUGUUCUUCUGUAGAUCAUGACAGAAUCACAGAUUUAUUAUAUGCAGCAUUGUUUGUAUUUCCUGAGAUUGUCUUUUCCGUGCUCAUGAUCUGGUCCAGUGGCUCCAUGGUUCUCCUUCUGUACAGGCACAAGCAGAGGGUUCAGCACAUUCACAGCAUCAAAGAUUCCCUCAGAUCCUGCCCUGAGUCCAGAGCCACCCAGAGAAUCCUUGUCCUGGUGGGCACCUUUGUGAUUUUCCACACCCUCUCUUCCCUAUUACAUCUUUAUAUUGCUCUGUUUUCCAAACCUGUUUGGUGGGUGGUGAACACCAAUGACCUGAUUUCACUGUGUUUUCCCACUGUCAGCCCCUUUCUUCUCAUGAGCCGAAAAUUCACUGUAUCCAAACUAUUCAGGCUCUGUUUGGUCUGCAUAAAAAUUUUAAAAUCCUGUUGGGUGCUGUGAAAAACACCUAUUAUCCCCCAAACUUUGGAGACCCAGAGAGGAGGAUCACAAAUGAAAGGCUAGCCUCAACAACGUAAUCUCCUGUCUCAAAAAUGAAAAAUAAUAAAUGCUUCAGAUGAAUCUCAGGGGCAAAGCAAUGCUGGUCUCCAUUGCCAGUUCCAAAUACAAUUAAAAUUGCCUAAUUGUAUCAAAAAAUUACAUCAGUUGCAUGUUUUUGCACAAAUGUUUAAGUGUUUUAUUGUUCUUUACACUAAAAACAUCUGUAUAGAAGUGGAUGGAAGUGUCACUUGUCUUUCUAUUGCAAACCCUAAAGAGCACUGUGGUCCUUAGCUGGCUGACUGUGGGACCCACAUGGCCAUGGUGGAGGGGAACAGAGCUGGU